AUAAAUUGUUCAUGUAAAGAUUAGUAACUCGUAAAAGUAAUGACUAAUUAGUGACGUGAGACUAUUAACAAAUUCAUAUUAUUUUUCUAAUUAUAUUAACUUAAUAUAGUUUUGAACUAAUUUUGAACGUAUAAGAAACAACAACAUGAGUUGUGAUAAAGCGAUUAAAAUAUGUGACUAACAAAUAGUAGGUCAUGUUAUUAUAUAGGAAGCGACCGAGGAGAUGACAUUUCUUAACUUGGAGUUUAAGAAUGGUGUAGAUUAGUGUAGUCACAUUUUCGUAAUAAAAUAUAAAAUCGAGAUGCUCCUACGUUUGGUUAGAUAAGUGACAUAUGAUUUAAUGGGAAAUGAAAGAAAAUAAAAUGAUUUUUUUAUGUUUCCAUAUUUGGUAAGAUAAAUGACAUAGAAAAGGAAAUGACAGUCAUUUAUAAAAAUUUCAGUUCCCUUUACUCCCAAAGUGGAGGAAUUUGAGAGAAAAGCAAAAAUUAAAAGCUGUCAUUUACCUUUUCUUUCUUUUCUCUUCCCUUACUUUCCCUUCUCUUUCUUUACUAAUAAUGAACCAAACAUGGCCUUAAUACCACCCCAUCCUCAUUCGCAAACCACACUCCCUCUCCUUCGAGCAUCCAUUACCGCCGCCACUCCCCCUCUCUCCUACCAGAUUCGCCGGCGAUCCCCCGUCGUUGCAACCGUGUAAAGAGUAUCCAUGUCCUCCAGUUGCUGGUAAUCCUGGUAUAAGGAUGGAGAAAUUUCAAAAUUCUAGGAAUAUCUCAUGACUUUGGGUUUAAAUUCUUCCUGGAAUUGUUUGAGAAACUACUUGACAAACCGACUUCAGUUUUCUCAAAGUUUCUGCAACAUGGCUGAUGGUGGUAAAAGCUUUGCUAGGAGAGAUCGUCUGCUUGAGAUAGAGUCAAAGGUUCGUAUUUGGUGGGAUCAGAGUGAUGUAUUUGUGGCUAAGCCCGGAGAGAAGCCUCCUGGCGAUGGAGAAAAGUUCUUUGGGAACUUUCCAUUUCCAUAUAUGAAUGGCUAUUUGCAUCUAGGACAUGCAUUUUCACUUUCCAAGGUAGAAUUUGCUGCAGCUUACCAUAGACUGAGAGGAGCCAAUGUACUCUUUCCUUUUGGUUUCCACUGCACCGGUAUGCCCAUCAAGGCUGCAGCGGAUAAACUUGCAAGAGAAAUUCAACAGUUUGGAAAUCCACCUGAGUUUCCUUCUGCAGUGAAAGAGGAAGUUAGCCAGCCAUCCGAACAAAUAGACGCAAAUGCAGGAUCACAGCCACCUCCUGAUAAGUUCAAGGGUAAGAAGUCCAAGGUUGCAGCCAAGACUGGCACACAACUGUACCAGUGGGAGAUCAUGCGAAGUUUUGGCCUUUCAGAUGAAGAAAUCUCAAAGUUUCAGGACCCAUAUAAAUGGCUGACCUAUUUUCCGCCCUUGGCAGUUGAGGACCUUAAAGUUUUCGGCUUGGGUGUUGACUGGAGGCGUUCUUUUGUCACCACAGAUAUUAAUCCGUACUUUGAUUCUUUUGUGAGGUGGCAAAUGAGGAAGCUCAAAGCAGCUGGUAAGAUCGUGAAAGAUAAAAGAUACGCAAUCUUCUCUCCACUAGAUGGACAACCAUGUGCAGACCAUGACAGGGCUUCUGGUGAAGGGGUCCAGCCUCAAGAAUACACAAUAAUAAAGAUGGAAGUUGUUCCUCCGUUUCCUGCGAAGUUGAGCAGUUUAGAGGGGAGGAAAGUAUAUUUGGCUGCUGCAACAUUGAGGCCAGAGACAAUGUAUGGCCAAACAAAUGCGUGGGUAUUGCCUGAAGGGAAAUACGGGGCCUUUGAAAUUAAUGAGACGGAUGUUUAUGUAGUCACAGAGAGGGCAGCUCUUAACCUUGCAUAUCAGAACUACUCAAGGGUCCCAGAAAAGCCAACUUGCUUAGCAGAGCUUACUGGUUAUGACUUGAUUGGUUUGCCUUUGAAGUCUCCUCUUGCACAAAACGAAAUUAUUUACACUCUUCCAAUGUUAACUAUCUUGACAGAUAAAGGUACUGGGAUAGUAACCAGUGUCCCUAGUGAUGCACCUGAUGAUUAUAUGGCCCUGCAUGAUUUGAAGGCAAAACCAGCUCUACGUGAGAAAUUUGGUGUGAAAGAUGAAUGGAUUCUUCCCUUUGAGAUCAUACCCAUCAUUGAUAUUCCUGGUUUCGGAGAUAAGCCUGCUGAGAAGGUAUGCACUGAUUUGAAGAUCAGAAGCCAAAACGAAAAGGACAAGCUUGCGGAAGCUAAGCGGUUAACUUAUUUGAAGGGGUUCACAGAAGGGUCAAUGAUUGUUGGUGAAUUUAAAGGGCAGAAGGUCCAGGAUGCCAAGCCAAAAGUCAGACGAAAGCUUUUAGAAGCGGGUGAAGCCAUUAUGUAUAGUGAACCUGAGAAAAAGGUCAUGUCUAGAUCAGGUGAUGAAUGUGUUGUGGCUUUGACAGACCAGUGGUACAUCACAUAUGGUGAAUCUGAAUGGAAGGAACUAGCUAAGGAGUGCUUGGAUAACAUGAAUUGCUACGCUGAUGAGACACGUCAUGGUUUUGAGCACACAUUAGGUUGGCUUAAUCAGUGGGCCUGCUCAAGGUCGUUUGGCCUUGGCACUCGCAUCCCUUGGGACGAGCAGUACCUUGUGGAAUCCCUCUCCGAUUCAACCAUAUACAUGGCUUAUUACACCGUUGUCCAUUUUUUGCAAAAUGGAGACAUGUACGGAUCUGAUACCAGUUUGAUAAAACCAGAACAACUGUCCGAUAGUAUCUGGGAUUACCUGUUUUGUGGUGGUCCGUAUCCAGAGUCAUCGGAUAUUGAUCCGAAUUUGCUUAGCCAGAUGAAGCGAGAGUUCGAUUAUUGGUAUCCUUUAGAUCUCCGCGUGUCUGGCAAAGACCUUAUCCAGAACCAUCUGACAUUUAGUAUUUAUAAUCACACAGCAAUUAUGGAUAAGCACCACUGGCCUCGUGGGUUCAGAUGUAAUGGACACAUUUUACUAAAUGCUGAGAAGAUGUCCAAGUCCACUGGGAACUUCAGGACGUUACGCCAGGCCAUUGAAGAAUUCUCCGCAGAUGCCACACGUUUUGCUCUAGCUGAUGCUGGUGAUGGUGUUGAUGAUGCAAAUUUUGUUUUUGAAACUGCAAAUGCAGCGAUCCUGCGUCUGACAAAAGAGAUCUCAUGGAUGGAAGAAGUUCUUGCUGCUGAUGCAGCUCUAAGAUCAGGUGAGCCAUCUACUUAUGCUGAUCGAGUGUUUGAAAAUGAGAUUAAUUUGGCAGUAAAGGAGACUGAGAAACACUACCAGACUUACAUGUUCCGGGAUGCUCUUAAGACUGGGUUUUACGACUUGCAAGCUGCUAGGGAUGAGUAUAGGUUCUCUUGUGGGGCUGGUGGCAUGAACAGGGCUUUGGUGAUGCGUUUUAUGGAUAUUCAGACACGACUUAUUACCCCGAUUUGUCCACAUUACGGAGAGCAUAUUUGGAGGGAGCUUUUGAAGAAGGAAGGCUUUGCAAUAAAAGCUGGCUGGCCUGUUGCUGAGGCACCUGAUGAUACCCUUAAAAGUGCCAACAAAUACUUACAAGAUUCAAUAGUGCUGAUGAGAAAGCUCCUCCAGAAGCAAAUUAUGGGUUCAAAGAAGGCUAGCAAGAAAGGUGCCCCUGUACAACAACUUACAGAGGACAAGCAAUUAACUGGCUUGAUUUAUGUAAAUGAAACAUAUGAUGGAUGGAAGGAAGCGUGCUUGAAAAUACUUCAAAGCAAAUUUGACUCAAGUACUCGCAAAUUUGCUGAAGACAGUGAAAUAAUGUCAGCAUUGCAAACGAGUGAGAUUGGGCAGGCUACCAAUUUCAAACAAAUCCAGAAGCAAUGCAUGCCAUUCUUGAGGUUCAAGAAAGAUGAGGCUGUUAAGCUAGGCCCUCAAGCCUUGGAGUUAAAGCUUCCUUUUGGCGAGAUGAAGGUCCUUUCAGAGAACUUGGAUUUGAUCAAGAGGCAGCUUGGGCUUGAGCAUGUGGAGAUUUUGUCGUAUCAAAAUGAAGAUGCUUGUGCCAAGGCCGGAUCUCUUACUGCUGUGCUAAAACAAAAUCCUCCAUCUCCCGGUAAUCCUACUGCCAUCUUUUUGACAAGCUCAUGAACACCUAAUUGUUCUGUGGCUUUGGUUAUGUUUAGGCAUUUUUGUUGUGCUGUUUUUGGAUUUGUUAUUUGCUUCAUAAAUUCUUGAAAGCGCAUUAUUUUUAUAUUGAGUUCUUAUGAAGUCUUGUUUUCAAGUGACCGGACAUGCCUUCAAUUUGAACAUGGAUUUUGUGUUUACCAUACA